AUGCCCUAUUUAUCUGAUCGUCAAUAUGGUCUUCUUUCUCAUCAACGUUUAUUAGUUAAAUUAAAAAAUUCUUCUUCAAUAACACGACGACUUACAUUAGGUCGAACGUUAAAUGUUCAUCGAGGUUGUGUAAAUACAAUAUGUUGGAAUGAACAUGGUACAACAAUAUUAUCAGGUUCUGAUGAUCAACAUUUAAUUGUAACAGAUCCUUAUACAACAAAAAUUUUAACAAGUGUACAUAGUGGUCAUAGAGAAAAUGUAUUUUCAGCAAAAUUUUUACCUGAAACAAAUGAUCGUCGAGUUGUUUCAUGUUCAGGUGAUGGAGUUAUAUUUCAUACAAAUUUCGAUCGACCAAAUAAUUCACAUAGUAAUGAUGGAUGUUUUACUUGUCAUGGUGCAGCAACAGCAUAUGAAGUAAGAAUUAUUCCACAUACGCCAAAUUUAUUUUUUUCAUGUUCUGAUGAUUGUACAGUACGAUUAUAUGAUUUGAGAACAAAAAGUAAUUGUUUAAAAGCUCAUUGCAAUGAUGAUAUUAUUAUAAGAAGUAAAUGGGGUAUUACAUCUAUUGAUAUUAAUCCAAUGAAUCCAAAUGAAAUUGUUUGUGCUUGUUCGGAUUCAUCAGUUCGUCUUUAUGAUCAUCGAAAACUUUCUACUCAAUUAUCAUCAGAUACAGCUACAUCACGUCGAUGUGAAGCUUCAAUAAAUGGUCUUAUAUCUCGUUUUGUAUUAAUGGAUCGUAAAGAAAAACGUCCACCACGUAUAACAUCUGUUGUAUUUAAUCAACAUGGUACAGAAAUUUUAGCAUCAUAUUCAUCUGAAUCUCUCUAUUUACUUGAUCCAAAACGAUCGAUAACACAAGAACAAAGCCAAGAACGUCUUACACAACAUCGUAAUGAAAAACGAACAAGAACAAAUAUAAAUGAUAAUAAAAAAUCAACAUCAGAGGAAUCGUUAACAACAGAAGAAAAAAAAACAUCUCAUUUUAAACGAUUACGUCUUCGGGGUGAUUGGAGCGAUACAGGCCCCGAUUCUCGUCCCAUGAAUGAACAAGAAUCUGAAUCAUCACCAUCAACUACUACUACUACUACUGCUACUGCUACUGCUACUACUACUACUACUACUACUACUGCUAAUAAUAAUAAUAAUAAUACUGAACAAGAACAACAACCAUCAGAUAAUACUAAUCCAAGUGAACAACAACCAACAUCUCGAAGUCGUAAUUUACAAAAUAUUUUUAUGCAACGUAUGAGUGAUAUUUUAACACAAUUAGUUGCUCCUAGUGAAACAGACAAUGAACAAAGAGAAUCAACAGUAACUACCAAUGAUAAUGAUGAUAAUAAUGAAAAUAAUGCAACACCGCUUGUUACUGAAGCAAAUACACAAAGUGAAUCUACGUCAACAACAGCAACAACUGUUCCCAUUGUGCAAUUACCUCCAUCACCUACAUCUAAUGAAAGUUCAGCAAGUACAACAACAAGUAAUAAUGAAUCAGAGAACAGUCGAGAUCGAGUUGGAUUCUUUGAUAUUUUAUUUGGAAGAAAUCGUCGAACGAAUAAUCCAGAAGAUGACGAUGCUGACAAUGAUGAUGAUGAUGAUGAUGAUGACGAUGAUGAAAACAGUAUGGAUGACGAAGAUGGACAUGAAGAUGAUGAAAAUUCUCAACCAUCAUCAUCAACAACAGCAACAGAUAAUGCUCCAUCAUCUGGACGUGCUCGCCGCCCAUUAAUGGCUUCAAAAUGGGAUCGUAUAAUGAAACGUCGUGAAGCUGAACGUCGUCAUGAAGAAAACCUUUUAAAAAGUGUUCCUAGUUUAGGUUUAAUUAAUUCUUAUGAUGGUCAUCGUAAUGCUCGUACAAUGAUAAAAGAAGCAAAUUUUUGGUCCGAUUCAUACGUUAUGUCUGGUUCAGAUUGCGGACAUAUAUUUAUUUGGGAUAAAUUUACAAGUCAUCUUGUACGAAUAAUACCAGCUGAUGAACAUGUUGUUAAUUGUGUACAACCACACCCACUUGAUUAUCCGAUAUUAGCAUCCAGUGGAAUUGAUUAUAAUAUAAAAUUAUUUUCACCAUUGGCUGAAACACCAAUUGACGAUAGUGAACUUAUUACACGUACAAUAAAACGUAAUCAUGCAAUGAUGGAAGAAACAUCGAGUACAAUAACUGUACCAGCUACUUUUAUGUUUCGCAUGUUAACAUCAUUUUAUCGAUUACGACGUCCCGAAGGAUUAUUUGGAUUAGAUGAUGAGGACGAAUCAACCGAGUGA